UACUACAUGCUCACUGUGUUGCCCCUUCGCAUGAUUUAAAGUUCUGAUAAAUAAGGGUGGCUGUUAUUACGUAACCAUGUUGCAAGCGUUUCUGUUCAGUCUCUUCCAUUUAUAUGAACUGUUCUUGGCAUCUGCUCUCACCACGCAAGUCGCUGUGUCCGUAGCUGUGGUGGCCGUGUCAUCUGCUGUCGUAUAUUACUGCCAGCAUCGGGGAUAUGCAAACUACAUCAGUUUGGGUUUACUGUUUGGCGGCUGGAGAGCGGCGGGAGAACCGUUAGACACUGGUGGUGGUGAUAAUAAUGAUGGUGGGGACGUGCUUAAAAAAUAUAUCGGUCCUGGUGAUGGUGGGGGAGAAGGACCAUAUCCCAGCAAGGAGCAGGAAAUCGCUGGCGCCGUUAGGGCUUUAAUAUCGGUAGUUCCUGGGAGCGAGAUUCUUGAGAGCAAUGUCAGCGGGAAGAGUGUGAUGUUGUCUUCUGAUAAACAAUCGAAAGAUAUUGUACAUCCUAGCAGAAGUCAGCGAACAUUCGGACCAAGCGAAGAGGUCGUGGAGAGGAGUAAGGACUUUAGACCGAGAACAAACAUUGUGUAUUCUGGCGCUACUAAACAACACAUUCACAGUGAUAAUGUCGAGUAUCGAUGGGAGAAGGGAGCGAGCAAGCAACAAAGCGAUUGUUAUAACGAUAGGGGGUAUAUCUGCGAAAGGCAAAAACUAGAGGCUCAUUUACAAGGGAAAACAUUGAUAACUGAAAAACGGCAAGAAAAAUCACAUGAAUGUCCGGCGUCAGCGCAAAGGAACACUUCAGAUUUGGCUAGCAACGUGACAUUAACUCCAACAAGGUCAGCAUCAUCAAGUAAAAAGGAAGGGACAGGAACUAAGCCUAAUCAUCCGAACGAAGAAGUAAAGAGUCUUCAUCGUACAACCGGCAGGCUGAACGUCCGAUCAUCGGGCCAACAUAAUCCCCAUGCAUUGAUAGAAUGUAGCAAACACACUGCUGCUAAAAUUGAUCAUAAACUGAGGCCAGUAAAAAGCGCAUCUGAAGAAUCAAGCAGUAAAUUCGAAUCCGGUAUUCACACACAGAAAUCGGAUUUUAGUAUGGGUCACCCAAAGCCCGAUGUGUGUAGGCUAUUACAUGACGGCAUUGAGUUCACCGAUUUGACAAGUACCAAACAGACAGACUCACCAGUAAUUAGUGGUGUUCGUCGGUCAUCAGCACCGGUCCCUUUGAUACAUAUAUUUAAAAGUGACAAUCAGCCAGAAACAGAAAACGAAUAUGACAACACCCACAGAUUGAGUUUGUCCGAUACAACUUUAAUGCAUCUACCCACAGUGCAUCAAAAUGUAAGUUUAGAAGUGCCUAUGGUCUACGUUGGUCACCACGUGUCGUACUCUAAACCUAUCAGUGAAACAACACACGAAGAGAACAGAUCGGUACAAGACGACGUUUCUAUCUCAACUGAAUCUCGCGAUGGCAUGGAGACGGGCAUUGACUCCGAUAGUUGCGUGGCUGAGGUGAAACUCGAAGAAAUGUUCACCGGGCCACCGGUCAGUACGGAGCAAGUUUACGUUUCUAAAAUGCCGGUGCCAUCGGUCGUAAUCACGCCACCAGAUACUAAAUCGGACGACGAAAUGAACAAAGUACCAGAGCAAGUAUCUAUAAAAGCGAAUGACAGUCUCGGAGUGCCAAAUGUGUGUAUGUCCGAAUUGGUGGCUGCCAAGUCAACACAAUGCAUAUAUUUAACAACUCAAACGCAGGACGACAUACGUACGUCGUCGGUGUUGACUUCUAUGAUCGUACCUGAAAUACGAACUAUGGAAGUCGGCGAACCAGCACCUGUUUGUGCAAAAAAAAACAACGAACUUGAAAGCAAUAUUAAUUCGGAACAAUUUACAAGCUCCUGUUUAAUUUCGUACGAGUGUCUAGGUGUUCCCUCGAUCAAUACAGUAAAGGAGUCGUACCCCCAAAAGGAAGAACGAAGACCACCAGAUAUUGAAAUGAGUUUUCCGCCGCCACGGCCAAUUUUAAAACACGAAGCAGCUCCACCCAGUCCCACCAGUCCUACAAAACGAAAAUCCGUGAAGUUUUCACAGUCUGUUGUCGGGGUUGAUGAUGAUGGCGAUGAUGGAGAUAAUGAAUAUUGUUUUGACAACGUUUACUCCCUUUCGGAACAGGAACACAUCAAAAGGCCGCGGUUACAACGAGAUUACGGGUUUGACAUCCCCGAUUUAAACGGGUCAGAAAAAAUACAUUUACAGCGAAGCAAACGAGAAAUGGCGACGAUACCGGCCACGAUAGUUGAUGUAAAAACACGAUUUACGCAGUCUUCAGCUAAAGAGGCCAUGUUGUUCUUCACAGAGAAAACACUUGGUUCUAGCGAUAGUUCAGACAGUUCUGAUAAACCGGACUUCAUUUUUGGUCAGAAAAGUGACAUCACAUUUGAGAAAAGAGUUGUGAACAAUAAAACCGGUGGCGCAAAUGAAUGUAAUCAAGCUGCUGUAAAAAAUGGUGCAAAAUCGAGAUUCCUAGAAGUAACACAGAACGAAGGAAGGUCACAUUUCCUCCUCACUACAACCAUUACCACUUCGACGUCGUCAGAGAGCAAUGGUAGUGAGGACAACGGCACCAUAGAAACAGAAGAUGCCAAAUCUCGAUUCCUGCAAAGUUCGGAUGCGGCAAAAUCGAGUUUAUUACUUUCAAAGACGAUCACGGGUUCCGUUGAGUCGUCCUCCGAUGACACCACUGUGUGCAUCCCUAUGCCGGUUUUACAGGAGGCUGAGCAAAACGUUCCGACGAGUUCCGCUCAAGACGCUGAAGAUCAGUCAGAUCGUCUGGACGUUGACGGCGAGAGCGCAAAGUCGCGAUUCCUCGAGUCAUGUAGUGAACCAGAAACAGUCGAUAGGGAGGAAUAUUUAGAUGUACAAAGAUCGGAUGGAUAUGGCGAAAGAGAAACUAGAAAACCAAGUCGGUGGGACUCGGAAGCGAACGCCGCUUGGCACAAGGCACUUCAAGACGAAUUGUCGGUUGACAUCGAGUUUUACGAGAGUGAUGACGACGAAGAGAAGGAAAGCGAGAAAAGGAGUGAUAGAAGGCUCAAAGACAGUCCUAGUGAUGGAUCUAUUUCCGACCGGACACAUAGAAUCGCCGAAGCAGACACCGACAAGAUAGAUUGUUUCAGCCCGUGGUAUAACAAAGCAGUGGUGUUAGAUAACGGGUCGGAUGUUCUGAAGGUUGGUCUUGCAGGCGAUUACCUGCCGAGUGCCUCGAUACCCACACUGGUUGGCAGAAUACGAGAUAGCGUGGAGAGUGCGUCAUCGAAGGAAACGAAUACAUUCGUCGGUGAUGACGCUCUCGCCAAUCAAGGGAUUUUAUCUUUCGAUUAUCCUGUCGAAGAUGGCAUUAUUGAUAACUGGAGCGACAUGGAAAGAAUCUGGGACCACGUGUUCACAUACGAAUUAGAUCUCUCGCCAUCUGAGCACCCAGUACUGAUCACCGAGAUAGCUACAGCACCCAGGGAACAACGACAAAAAUACCUCGAGGUGAUGUUCGAACGGUUCCAUGUGCCCGCAGUAUUUUUAUCGAACCAAGCCGUGCUGUCCUUACAUGCCAGUGGUCACACAUCCGGUGUUGUUCUGAGCAGCGGAAGUGGUGUCACCGAGUUGGUACCAAUAUACGAAGGAUUUGCCUUAUCGCAUGCUGUAUCAGUGCUUGAUAUCGCAGGUCGUGAAGUUACUCGUCAGCUGGCCAGGUUAUUGCAGUGUGAACGAGGCUACAAUUUCACAACGUCAUCGGAAUGGGAAAUUUUGCGAAUAAUGAAGGAGAGACUGUCAUAUGUAGCAUUAGAUUGUGAAAAUGAGAAACGACGAGCAAAGGUGGUUGAAGCACAUGAAUAUAAAUUACCCGAUGGCCAGACAAUGAAAGUUAGUAAUGAACUGUUUCAGUGCACAGAGUCUUUAUUUGACCCCAGCAUUGUUGGGAUCACUCAUCAAUCUGGAAUACAUAUGCUGGUUAAAGAAUCGCUACAAAGGUGUGAUCCUGAAAUCCGCGCACUGCUGAAGGACAUGUUGCUGUUAUCUGGUGGAAAUACGAAGCUGAAAGGUUUCUUGCCAAGACUACAAAAGGAACUAAGAGGACUCAAUUUGAAUAUGUCAGUGAGUGCGCCGACGGAGAGGGACAACUCUGCUUGGAUCGGUGGCUCCAUAUUGGCAUCCCACAGUAGUUUCAUGGAUAGAUGGGUGACGGUGGACGAGUACGCUGACCAAGGGGAACAAAUUGUGCAUAGGAAAUGCUUCUGA